AUGGCUAUGUCCAAGAUCGCGUCGCUUACUGGCCUUCUGGCCUCCGCCUCUCUCGUCGCCGGCCACGGUUAUCUAUCUGGAAUCUUAUGGCGCUACCUUGUCGACAAGUACGCCUACAUGGAAGAUGCCCCAGACACCAUCGGCUGGUCCACCUCUGCCACCGACCUCGGAUUUGUGGACGGCACUGGAUACGCAUCCCCCGAUAUCAUCUGUCAUAAGGACGGAGCGCCAGGUGCUUUGACUGCUGAGGUUGCUGCUGGUGGCGAAAUUGAACUGCAGUGGACCGAGUGGCCUGAGAGCCACCACGGCCCUGUCCUCAACUACCUCGCCCCCUGCGGUGGCGACUGCUCCGCAGUGGACAAGACCACCCUGGAGUUCUUCAAGAUUGAGGCUCAGGGUCUCAUUGACGGCAGCAGCCCUCCGGGCCAGUGGGCUUCGGAUGACUUGAUCAGCAACAACAACAGCUGGACCGUGACCAUCCCAACAUCCAUCCAAGAGGGUAACUAUGUCCUCCGCCACGAGAUCAUCGGCCUCCACUCUGGCGGUCAGAAGGAUGGUGCUCAGAACUACCCCCAGUGCAUCAAUAUCAAGGUCACUGGCGGCGGAGACGCCACACCGGCCGGUACCGCCGGUGAGGCCCUUUACAAGGAUACUGACCCUGGUAUCCUGUUCGACAUCUACAGUGACCUCAGCGGCGGUUACCCCAUCCCUGGCCCUGAGGUCUUCAGCGCCUAA